AUGUUACCCUCCGUGGCGCCUUUCCCGCCAGUUCAACCACACCACCUCAACCGAUACCAUGAUAUCGAAUCGCUUAAUGGACCGUACGGCUUGGAUAACUCGCUUGCACCGACGAAUCCUCCCUAUGACUUCUCCAACAACAAUCCGUUCCAAUCGAUCCCCCGAACUCGACUACAAUAUCCCCACCCCGUCCAGCGGCCCGAUAUACGUGAUCCCAACAACUCAACGGCGUUGACGUUGAACAAUGUUGGAGAACAUGCGCUGAGGAGGAAGACGCCGAAUGGGACGCUCGCCGCAGGAUACGAUGGGACACCGGGAGAUAUGAAUAUCCAACCGCCGGCGACUAAGCACAUACUGGUCUCGCAGCUGGAGCCGGGCCAGUUGGUUCCCCCUCAGACAGGCUUUCCGAUCGACCCCUGGCACCAAUCUACGCUAGAUCAAUCGUCCUCCGCGCAGCCUUUGAACUUUCCACCUAUGCAUAAAGCCGAUCUGAGUCGAGGCAACGUUGGCCCGGGGGAGAUAGCACAAGGAUUCAACGGCAUUAGCUGGGUACGCUCGUUGAAUGCUGCACCUGGAAUGGACUCGGUACUCAACCAAACCUUACCGAUGCAACCGUCACAACAGAGGUUCUACUGGCAGAACGGGGCGUAUGUGCCAACAGUGCUCCCGGCUACUUUGCAACCAUGUAUUGGGCCUACGGCUUCCGCAGGUACUGGACCAUACGGGCCAUAUUGGCCAGAUGGUGCAUACAUCCCGUAUCGCCCUGCCGCAUUUCGAGAACCCCGACUCACUCUCCAAGGCCCGUUCGGGAAUCCGAUCAACCAUUCUGCGCCCCAAUUUUUCGAUGCUGGACAGCAGUCUUUCAACAUCGGAACAGCUCCUUCUAAUAAUCAUGAAAUAGGUGAUUGGAAUCAGAAUUCCCUAGGCGCAUUCAACCACAAGGGUCCAGUGAAGAACAAUUUUCCACCACGCCAUUCAGAUCAGAAACCAUUCGACUCCUUGAGUAACCAACGUGUCCUGCCGUUUCAUACCCGACAAAGCAACUCUGUAUCUAGUUUUUCCUCGCGUCCGCCAUUACAUGAACCCUCAGCGUCAUGGUCAGGUACGUCUACAAAUGGCGGAAUCCAAAAUACUGGACCAAUUCCCGGUUCCAGGGCAGCGAAUGCCGAGUUUAAGGAAAAAGUGCUAUCAUGGGCUCAUGGCGUCUAUGUCGAUCUUCUGGCAUCUAUACAUCGAGCACGGCGAAAUAGUGCUUCAAAUGCUUCUCAGGAUGGCCAGACUCAGCGGGCCCCAAAACCCAGCAUCUAUCCUAAACCACCACGUCAGCCAGGGCUUGAUUUCUCACAUACGAAUGCACCUGAAUUCUCUCGACACAAUAGCUAUCCGUCACACCAGUAUGGGCUCUCAGCUUCGAACUCCCUGUUCUUUGUGCGAACCAACAAUAACACUAACUUCCGCAGAACUCAUCGGUAUGACCGUCAUUCCAUAUCACAAUUCCAACCGACAGGCAACCAUCUGGUUGAACGAUUACGAAAUACUGGUCGUUUGAAUUCUAUAUCCGGCUCGCCUUCCUCUUCCAACUCGCUAAAUGAGAAUACGACUGUUGUGAAUGCGGCGUCUUCGUUAGAGUUAUUGUCGCAUCUUUGCAUGGAAAGCGGCUGGGAAUGGAUUGACGGUAUGCUCCUUGGUGGAUGCUUGGCUUAUGGGCUAGGGGACUACAACAAGGCGAUGAGAUGGUAUUCCAGAAUUAUUGCGCGGGAUGCAGCACAUGUUGAAGCAAUCUCGAAUCUUGCAGCCACCCUCCUGGCCUUAGACCGGCGGGAGGAAGCAUUGCAGCAUUGGCUGCGUGCCGUUAAACUGCGCCCGAGUUACUUUGAGGCUGUGGAACAUCUUAUAGGCCUUCUAUGCAGCAGCCAACGCGGGAAGGAAGCGGUUAACAUCAUCGACUUUGUGCAGAACUCUCUACGGUUGUCUAAGAAUGGGGACUGUUUCAAAGCGGACGAACAUGCGAGUGAGCCUGAAAGCGACGUGGAGAGUCGGGUUUCCAGCGCAUCUGACUUGGGUUCAUACGAGAAGGCCACCUUUGAUUAUGAUGACGACUUUGGUAGCUCGGCCUUUGCCAGCCGCCAGUCCGGGGAAGGCGCUGCUACUGGGUAUGGCUCCAGCGGCUACUCCGUCCCUGGCUGCGACAACGGUCGGAUGCUCGCGCUCGUUCACGCUAAAGGAAACAUGCUGUAUGCCAUGGGCGACUAUGCGACGGCAGCAGCAGCUUUUGAGGAUGCAAUCCUGAUUAGUGCGGGUCGAAGACGUCACGGCAUCCAAAGCAUUAUAAAGCAAAUCUUCGACGCAUUUUCCCAGGGAUCGCGCAGCGGGUAUAUGGGCGCCGACGUUCGCGAUCAACAAGAGACUAUUUUGUUGUAUCCCGAUAAGGCUCUACAGACGUCAAAGUUGGUCUUUGCACCUUGUGGAACGCCUCCAGGAAUUAAAUAUGUUCCUGAAGGGCUGGCGAGGAAGGCAGCUUUGUCCACAACAAGCAAUUCGUUACUCUCGCUGGCGAAAAUAUAUCAAGAUGGCAUGUCGACCGCUCCGGCCAAUGGCCCUUCUCGGUCCGCGCCCAGUGUCCGGGACAUCCUCGCUCUUUACUAUCUGUCGCUCUCCCUUCAACCAAGCCCAUCUACGGCCAACAACGUUGGGAUUUUGCUUGCAGGUAUCCACAAUAACGCACCUGGGAAGGGCUCUGCUCGCUCCGCCGGGGAGAUGCAGCACCCGGACAUACCUGGUGUUAUUCCUGGCAGUGGAGUGUCUCUCGCUCUAGCUUACUACAAUUAUGGCCUGCAUCUGGACUCACGACACGCGCAUCUUUAUACAAACCUUGGCAGUUUACUCAAGGAUAUUGGUCAGCUACAAGCAGCCAUUCGGAUGUACGAACAAGCCGUCCAAUGUGAUAGCAACUUCGAUAUCGCAUUGGCGAACCUGGCGAAUGCUGUCAAGGAUGCAGGACGAGUCAACGAUGCCAUCUCAUAUUACAAGCGUGCUGUGAAGGUGAACCCAGACUUUGCAGAGGCUGUGUGCGGGCUAGCCAACGCCCUCAACUCGGUAUGCAACUGGAUGGGUCGCGGAGGCGUUGCCAAUGCGUUCGGCUUCCGAGACCGUUGGCAUGUGGACGACCAGGGCAUGCUUCGUGACUCGUACGGCAUUGACGUGGGUUCUGGUUGGAUAAAGCGUGUGGUGGAUAUUGUUGAUCGGCAGCUCAAAGAAGGCGAGACUUGGGGUUGCGGCGUCUUGACGUCCAACACAAUAGAACAGUUGUGCGCCCAGCUGGUUCCCGGCGCGGACGGCCGCCGUCGGUCCGCCACUGGGGACUUGGCUAUGAUUCUCAAAUCUUGGGCAGGACAGAAAUGGGAAGGCUCUCGCAUUGUCAAGCUAGUGGAACGUGCAAUUAGGUCCCUCACGUGGCAAUGGUAUCAGGAUCGGUACAUUUAUGGCCGGGAAUAUCCCUCGUCCAAGUACCGACGACCGCAACUGCCUCUUGGUCUAACCGCACCCAAUGCACCCACUGUGCUGCCGUUCCAUACGUUCACGUGCCCGCUCUCAGCGAAGCAGAUUCGACAAAUAUCCCAGCGAAAUGGGCUCCGCAUCUCUUGUGCGGCUUUGCGAUCUUCCUGGCUCCCGCCCACGGUUUAUCCACCACCGCCACCUCCGAACCCGUACCUUAAAGUCGGAUAUGUAUCUUCUGACUUCAAUAACCAUCCCCUUGCCCAUCUAAUGCAAUCAGUUUUUGGAUUGCACAAUCCGAGCAAAGUCAAAGCUUACUGCUAUGCUACAACAGCCAGCGACAAAUCAAUCCAUCGGCAGCAGAUCGAAAAAGAGGCCCCAGUGUUCCACGAUGCCAGCGCGUGGCCCGUUGAACGCCUCGUGAGGCAGAUUGUUGAAGAUGGGAUCCAUAUCCUCAUCAACCUCAAUGGCUACACUCGAGGUGCGCGUAACGAAGUAUUCGCCGCGAGACCGGCCCCCAUCCACAUGUCUUUCAUGGGGUUCGCUGGAACACUGGGUGCGGAAUGGUGUGACUACAUUCUCGCCGACAAGCUGUCGAUUCCUCCGGAAACGCUCUCGCCUGGGAACCGCAACACGCGGGUCGAGGACCGAUGCCUCGAGGAAGACCAUAGCGAGGAGGCCGAAAACUGGGUCUACGGAGAGAAGAUAGUCUUCACCCGAGAUACCUUCUUCUGCUGUGAUCAUCGACAAAGCGCGCCUGAUGCGAGAGAUCCGUAUAUUGCUUGGGAGCAGGAGCAAUCAAGACGCUGGCGAAUGCGGAAGGAAUUGUUUCCUCACCUUAGUGAUGACACUAUCAUUCUGGGCAACUUCAACCAACUCUAUAAGAUUGAGCCUACUACUUUCCGGACAUGGCUGCGGAUACUCGCUAGAAUUCCGAAUGCCGUUCUUUGGCUUCUCCGCUUUCCUGAUAUUGGGGAACAAAAUCUCAGGGAGACGGCUGUAGCAUGGGCAGGUGAGGAGACGGCUUCUCGGAUUAUCUUCACUGAUGUUGCACCUAAGAACACACACAUUGCACGGGCUAAAAUCCUGGACUUGUUCCUUGACACACCGGAGUGCAACGCCCACACAACAGCAACAGAUGUCUUGUGGAGUGGUACUCCGCUGCUGACUCUCCCACGCUACAAGUACAAAAUGUGCUCUCGCAUGGCAAGCAGCAUCCUCAGUAGCGCGCUACCCAGCAAUGAGUCUGGGCAACAGGCUCGCGAGGAACUGAUCGCCGACUCUGAUGAAGAUUACGAAAACAAAGCGACCCACCUAUGCCGCAGUUUGUAUUACGAGCCUGGAGGAGGUGGCCGAGCGAGAGGCAGGUUGUUUGAUCUCCGCAGAAUGCUAUUUGAGGAGCGAAAGAGAAGCACUCUUUUUGACACCAACCGCUGGGUUCGUGACUUGGAAGACGCCUAUGAGCGAGUGUGGAAUCAAUGGGUGAAUGGUGAAGAAAGUGAUAUAUGGUUGUGA